CAAUCCAUUGCUUGCUCUUUCUCUUGCCCUCUCUAUCUCUCUCUCGUGACAGUGAACAUGGGAGCUCUAAAUUUUCUCUCUGACUAUUUUUCAGACCAUUUCGACGUUUCAAUAAGAAAACGGAAAAAGCGUAAAGUCAUGCAGACGGUGAAUAUAAAGGUGAAAAUAGACUGUGAUGGAUGCGAACGUAAAAUCAAGAACGCUGUUUCCUCCAUGAAAGGAGCAAAAUCUGUGGAAGUGAAUAGAAAGAUGCACAAAGUGACGGUUAGUGGUUACGUGGAUCCUAAGAAAGUGUUGAAGAGAGUGCAAAGCACGGGGAAGAAGAAAGCUGAGUUGUGGCCGUACGUUCCGUACACAAUGGUGGCUUAUCCGUACGCAGCUGGAGCUUACGACAAGAGGGCGCCGGCGGGAUUCGUGAGGAAAUCGGAGCAGGCUCAGGCGCAGCCGGGAAGUACGGACGAUAAGCUCAUGUCCCUUUUCAGCGACGAGAACCCUAACGCAUGCACCGUCAUGUGAAUGAGUUUAGUGCUUAAUUGAGACGUUAUAAUUAGUAAACGUGUUUUUUUAUAAAUGUAUUGAGACCCCUUUUUUGUUAGUGUGUAUAUGUAGUCAUCAUAAAGUCAUUAUAAAAAGAAAAAAAAAAUACUAUACGUAUAGUUAUUAUAUUUUUGUUGUUGAGCUGUCGAAUUUAAAUUCGGAUGUGAUAUAUACAGUGAUGACACUAGUAUUGUUAUAGUUGAUACUUGAUACUAUAUCAUAAUAUGGUUUUAUUUGGAUUUA